GGAAUUCCUUGCCAUUGUGUUGUGAAAUGUUUCUUAACUUUUAUUUAAUAAUUAGUUGUCACGUCGUCUUACUCAUCUGAACACAGAGAACUUCCAGACAAACUUCGGUCAUCGCCAAUCACAGGCACUCGAUUGUAACUGCAGCCAUGAAAAGCCAGGCUGUACGAGCAGCACCUGAAGGCAGCACGCUCGCUCCCGCACCGUCUCCGGCCAGGCGUUAAAAUCUCCUUCUCCUCCACGGCGAGCCUGGACCGGAACAUGGAGUCAAACUGAGCUGAACACAGCAGUGACUCCCUGAUCUGCGAUGGGAGAAUCAGGCCAGCAGGAUGGGCAACAAACAGACAACCUUCACCGAUGAGCAGCUGGAGGCGUAUCAGGACUGCAGCUUCUUCACCAGGAAAGAAGUCCUGCGGUUACAUGGCAGAUAUCGCGAGCUGGCUCCACAUUUAGUCCCGCUGGACUACACCAACAACCCCGACAUCAAAGUUCCUCUGACGCUCGUCAUCAACAUGCCUGAACUAAAGGAGAACCCAUUCAGAGACAGAAUCGUGGAGACGUUCUCGGAGGACGGACAGGGGAACCUCAGCUUCAACGACUUUGUUGACAUGUUUUCUGCACUCUGUGAAACUUCACCGAGAGAGCUCAAGACCAUAUACGCCUUCAAGAUCUACGACUUUAACAGGGACAACUUCAUCUGUAAGGAGGACCUGCAGAAGACACUGAACAAACUGACCAAAGGAGAGCUGACACCAGAGGAGGUGGCUCUGGUGUGUGAUAAAGCCAUCGAGGAGGCCGACCUUGACGCAGACAACAAGCUUUCCUUUGCCGACUUUGAGAACAUGAUCUCCAAGGCUCCUGACUUCCUGAGUAACUUCCACAUACGAAUAUGAGCCUGAGAUCCUGCAGAGGACAGACAUCUCACUUCGACCCUGUUUCCCUCCACCUGAACCCAUGUCGACUCAGUGCCUGUCUAUUCUCUUCCUGUCCAGCAGAACAUGAGGCCUGACACAGAGUCUGGUCUGGACUCACAGUGUAUAACACACAGUGCAGACUUUUAGGACAAAAGAUUUGUCACUGCAUGAAAUUUUUCUCUUGAAUUAAUCCUAGACUGUUUGGAAGCUGACGAGGAGUGACAAAGUAAGACCAGGCUAAUUUUAUACCAACAGCGUCUCUGCAGCAGCCCCGAUGUCCCGUCUGGACUCCUCAGAGACACAUUUGGACACACUGCAGAGGAAACAGAACAGGGCUUUUCUGACUUCAGUGCUUUGCAGAAGGGCCACAUUCACUGCCUGGAUUCUUUUAAAAAAGCACAGUUUUAAAGGGCAAAACAGUGAAGAGCUAUGCAAUCUUUCUUCAUGAAAUGCAUGUUGUAAACUGCUUCUAGCUGUGGUUAAUUUGUAUGUCUGCUGUCGUGAAAUGUUCUGGUGCAUAAUGACAAUCAUAGUAAACUGUAGUUCAGUUGAUGGAAGGGCUCUCUGUCGUCUUACCUGUAAACUUUGGCUUUGAUAAACUUUUUUCCUGCUGCCGACAAACUUGAUAGAACAGCUUUCAUUCCUUCCAGAGAAAAGGUUCUGUGGCUAAGGUCAAAUAAAAGAUUUUUCUGUGGCUCCAUGCUUCAUGAAGCUUCUUAUCAAAGGAAACUGAUUCCAGUUCAGGUCAUGAGGUCUGUCCUGUAAUAUGAUAACUCUGCGCUGAGAGACAAAUGGAUCUCGGUCUGCAGAGUCCCGAAGAGCUCGAGUUUUCUUGAAAUUAUUUGCAGGCAUUAGGGGUAAUAAUUGAAAGUUAAUUUUAUCUUCCAGAGUUA